UUCCUAUUUAGACUGCAAAGUCUUUGAGGCAGGGACUGUCUCAGAGCCUAACACAAUGGAGCCUUAAUCUCCAUCAUGGAUUUUAGGCACUACUGUAAUCCAAAUAAAUAAUAAUCAGAAUCCUGCCUGCUUCAUGUGAGUAGCUCCACUGAAAUCAAUGAGAUGACUCAAAUAAAGUAAACAGUGGUUGGUCCUAAAAUCAGAAUUCAAAACCCAGUGCUUUCCCACUGAUUUCAAUGCAGAAUGUCUUCCUUCCUCUCCUAAUUUCUCUUUCUUCCAACCUAUUACCAGGAAAUGGCAGCCUCCAUGCAGUAAGUUUUACUUCUUUUUAAAAAAUAAAAAAUAAAAACUGACUUAAAAAUUAAUUAUAGUCAAUUUCUAUUGCUUUCAGUAAAAGUCUAGAUAAUUCUGAAGUGUUGAAAGAGUUUUUCUGUACUUGUAACUUUCAUUUUCUUGAAAGGUGUAUUAUUUAAGAAAGCACCUAUCUCAUUUGUAUUCCUUUUCUCAAUAGGCACCUUAACAUUUAUUAACUGUGUCAAUGUGAAGUGGGGAACCAGAGUACAAGAUCUGUUCACAUAUGCAAAAGUUAUGGCCCUUAUCAUGAUCAUCUCGGUGGGUCUUUAUAAAAUUAGUAAAGGAGAAACAGAAAAUCUUAAAGCUCCAUUUGAAGGUUCAACAACUGAUGUAGGAUGUAUAGCACUUGCUCUGUAUUCAGCCCUCUUUUCCUACUCUGGAUGGGAUACCCUGAAUUAUGUCACUGAGGAGAUGAGGAAUCCUGAAAGGAAUCUACCCCUCUCAAUUGCAAUUUCAAUGCCUAUUGUGACCAUUAUUUACUUGCUGACUAACAUAGCAUACUAUGUAGUGUUGGACAUGCCAGCUCUUCUAACAAGCGACGCAGUGGCAGUGACAUUUGGUAAUGAAACCCUUAGUUAUGCUAAGUGGAUAAUUCCUAUUGCAGUGGCGAUGUCCUGUUAUGGUGGAUUAAACUCAUCAACUAUUGCAGCUUCCAGGCUUUUUUAUGUUGGAGCCAGAGAAGGACACCUUCCUGAUAGUUUGAGUUUGAUUCAUAUAAAGUGUUUCACACCAAUCCCUGCUCUUUUCUUUAAUGGUUUAAUGACUUUGCUCUACCUCCUUGUGGAAGAUGUCUUUCUCCUCAUUAAUUACUACAGCUUCAACUACUGGCUGUAUGUUGGGCUGUCUAUUGCAGGAUUAAUAUACCUGAGACAUACUCAGCCUGAUAGGCCACGGCCUAUUAAACUCAGCCUCUUCUUUCCUGUAGUAUACUGUUUAUGUUCCAUUUUCCUGGUCCUGGUUCCUCUCUACAGCGAUACAAUCAAUACCCUCAUUGGAAUUGGCAUAGCCCUCUCUGGAAUUCCUGCAUAUUAUUUGGGAGUUUAUUUACCAUCUGAAAAGAAACCUAAAUGUCUUCAGUGGCUCUCUGCCACAACAACAAAAUAUGUUCAGAUGUUGUUCUACUGUUGUCUGACAGACUUGGACACUGAAGUGGAUCAGACAGAAGCUAAAGCCAAAUAGGGUUGUCUGGACAUUUACAUACUUGAAGCAUUUUUAGUGUCUGAAAUUCUUUGUGUAGGGUUGGUUGCACGAAAGUACCAACAAUUACACUGUGCAUCAGUUUGAUGUUAAUUAUUUUUGUGCUUAUUUUAUUAGCCCCUUCACUGCCAUGGGUAUUUACCCUUCCCUGUUCUACAGGAUUUUUUUCUAAUUUUGUUUAUUAAUGCUGAUUGAUUAGCUGGUGAUUGUGAAGUGCUUUGAAAAUAUAAAGCACUGUAUGAAUAAGCUCUUCAUGUUACAUAAGUGUUAGUUUUUGCAAGCCUUUUGGAAUAAAUCUAUCCAGUGCAAAGCAGAAUCUUGAGAAAUGAAAAGACAAAUGAAAGAAUACAAUGCAAAUCAGACAUUUACUAGAUUUACAUUUCUAAAGAUAAGGCAGGAGAAGAAAGUCACAAUAUAAAUUUAAGAAUUGUAUUGCAAUUAUAAAAUUUGUUUCUCAGCAAAAAAGUUUAAGUAGGCAGGCAAGCGUUUUCAAGGUAUAAAUGCAUCACUAGAACAAAAAAAAUCUAAUCCAUGUUCCCCUAAGUAGAUCCCAGCAGACACAUUUAAUUCGGUUACAAGAAGAAUACAAGGGAAGUGGACUAUCUGAAAUAUAAAAGCUCUAUGCUAAACCUUAUGUGAGAACAUACAACAAUUGUCAUCUUUUUGCAGUAGAGGCAUUUCAGAUGACAAAUUAGUUCACAUGGUUGUUGUCACAGGUGUGCCAGAUCUCUUGCAGAUCAGCUAGUCAUGGAAUGGGAUAAAAAGACUGCAAGUUCUACUUCAGUAUAUGUACAUUCAGGGGUAAGCACAUCACCUUUCUAUAGUGUGCCUGUGUUCACCUACAAACAUCAAAAAUUGUGGCCUCAUAAACCAUAGUAGAUAUGCUGGUUGACUUUCAUUUAGGAAGGAACUAAGCAUCUAUCUCCUGAAAACAUAGAAGAGAAAAUAGACAUCCUGAAAGAACUAUCUGGGACUUAGGCCCCAGAGGCAAUUCCUCUAGCCUUUGUUGAUAUACACUAUACUUUGUAAUCUAUAGGAUGUGUUACACUUACUUUCCAUAAUGCUAUUGGAAUAUAUAUAAUAUUCUGUCUGUAGCUUCAUCAGUGUUCCUUUCCGUAGCUCUGAUCCUAAACUGAUCUCUAGCUUUUAGCUUGGGGGGGUACAACAUUAUCCUUCAUUAUCGCCUACUUGGAGAGAGCUGUGGGGAGGGGGGUUGUCAUAACUAUAAAGGGAAGGGUAACAGCCCUCCUGUGUAUAAUACUAUA